UGUUAACCUAUCAUGGACCAUCGUUUCUUCAAAAUUGUGUAUUUUCCUUGAUCCACGAGGGAUGGUAAAGACAAGUGGGGAUGUUCGGCGAGACAACGUCUAAAUGUUGCCCGAGUAUUCACAAGGAUAUCUGAUAGAGACUACAGCAACUGCUUCUGGACUGAGGUCAUUUUCACGGGUGUUCCUGAGUUUACUCCUCUUUGGCACGAUUCUUCUUGUCGUCGACUCCUAUCGGCAACCGGCAGAGAACGAUUCCACACCUCGUGGUAUCAGCUUGUGUCACUAUCAGGUACACUUGCCGCUGGAAGCUGUGGAAGCUUCGAAGGCUUUGAGAACGUCUCGCACCGGGGUAAAGGAUUUUCGACACAAUAGCGAGCUUCUGCGGUUCUUCAUCGUAGACGAGGAACGUCUUUCACGCUUGAAAUUCCGCCCACCGGAAGUUGGAUCAACGUCCCGAGACUUGGAGGAAGCUCUUCAGGAAACGUCGUCGCACCCACCCCGGAGGAAGAUUGCGCGCUCUCGUAAGAAACUCGGAGAUUCGGUUAAGAUAUCUGACAUUUUUACGCAUAUCGGCCAAAUACGAAAGACGAGUGCUCCAAGGAAUAGCAGAGAUUCCUGGGAUUUACUGCGACGAGUGUUUACACAACGCGAGCAUCGACGAAGCGUUUUGUAAACCGGAGCAAGAUACCGUGAUAAAAUAUUACAUGGAUUGUCAUUCAGUACAUUUAUCAAAAGCAGCCGUCGUAUCACCGGUUUAUUUAAUGGGUAAAAUUUUAAUUGCGUGGUGUAUGGAAUGAUAGUUGGAAUAUAUAUGUAUAUGUAUAUAUAUAUUAUUUAAUCAUUUGAAAUAUAUUUUCUGCAGAGAUACGGUGUUUUGUAAACCGGAGCAAGAUACCGUGAUAAAAUAUUACAUGGAUUGUCAUUCAGUACAUUUAUCACAAGCAGCCGUCGUAUCA